CGGCUCGUGACUGUUGCAAGUUUGAGAGAGAUGACAGUGAACAUGAAUCGCAAUACAGUACAGUUGUGAGGCUAAAUCCAUUUAUCUCGAUUGCUCCGCCAUACCCAAGGAAAGCGUACUUCGUACCUUCUACCUGUCGGCAAACAGAACGAAGCGCCGAGGCAAUGGACCAAAAGGAACGCUAAUUUGUCACGGAACGACGCGAUCAAUGACAAGGGAAUCUAGCAAGUAACCAAGGUUAUCGGAAACACAGCAACGCGCCAUCAAAGCACCAGUAACACGAAUUAUGAACUUGAAUUAUCCACAGCGCAGAGUAUUUCGUGGGCAGGGAGGUGCAACCGAUCGCCGUCUCCCAAAACAUAGAGCACGUCGACGSCAAACCCACGAAUUAAAUUCUUCGGACCACCACACCGAGGAUACGCACCAAAAUCCGAAUCCAGAGAACAUCGGACUUGAUGGGAUCGGCGACGAGGCCUGCGGUUCCCUUACAAUAAUACACACAGGGGGCGGUGGCGGUGGCGAUGGCGAUGGCGAUGGCGAUGGCGAUGGCGAGAGAUGGACUGGACUCGCCAGAGAGCAACAGAACCACAUUUCCAGGGAUAGAUGCACAGCAGAUUCGAGCUGCAACAACAACAACGAGCAACAAGCCACCGCGGAYGGCGAUCGUAGCGAAUCGCAUAUUGAUGACAACUCCCACACCGCCAGAAAUCCUGGAGAAGAAGAAGAAGAAGGCCCCCCUCCCCCUUACCUCGCCGAGAUCAAGCACCUGAAACGUCGGAUCCGCAACRUUCAAGAACUAUCGAUCCAAGCGAGCAGGGAUUCAAUCGCAUCCGAUGUUACAAAAUACCAGGACAAUGUGCUGAACGCCACCCAGAAUUGUGUCAACGAAUGGAGAUCCAUCGCGAGGCAUUACAGCAAGAGCAACGACGACGAAGGUGACGAGACCUGCCUGCCGGCGUCUACCCGUACCGAAGUGGGACUGAUCGUCUUUCAACUYAUUCAAUUGUCCGUUCAAUCGGGACCCCUCUCGRGUGCAARGCCGGGGUAUUUCAARCGAUGCGGUGCCUCUGUUGCCAGRGUGGUGCUCGACUUUUUGGAAGAAGUCGUGCCGCAACACGAGGCGCUGGGCAUCGAUUGUAUGGGAUUUUCGACCAAACAACUGGAAGCAAUGAGGAAAUGGAAGGUGGAUGCUSAGAAAGCUGUGGCAAACAACAAACCACCUUCAAAGUCGGUCCUGAAAAAAAUGCAGCAGCAGCAGCAGCGGCAACAACAACCGAAAAAGGGGAAGAAGAAAAAGAAGAAAUGAGAYAGACAAACUAUAGUCCGUUUCGACUUACAAAUAAGAAGAAAAUUUUUGG